AUGAGCCAAAACAGGUAUCAGGUAGGCCAAGAGUCCAAAGUAGACAUCGAAGUAGCUAAUGAAUACUUCGAUGUAUCCACCGUAUCCGCAGGAUUCGCCCGUAAGCUCGAUGUACCCCUACCCACAAGCUUGCUGACUGGCUGCUCACAGAACAUAAUCGCAGGUUUUGUGUGUUUCUGCUGCCCUGGUAUGUUCAAUGCAAUGCAAGGAUUGGGUAAUGCGGGUGGAUCUGAUCCGGCCGUAUCUGCUGCAAUGAAUGCAGCGCUCAAUGGUACUUUUGCCAUAGCGGGCUACUUCGGAGGUCUCUUGUUCAACUUGUUUGGAAACAAGCUAUUGAUGGUUCUUGGAGGUCUGACAUAUUGCUUCUACUCAAUUUCGGUGUAUUUGUGGAGACAGGAUGACAAGUAUGUCGGUAUGGCCAUUGCCGCGUCUUCUAUUCUGGGGGUGGGUGCCGGAAUGCUCUGGACUGCUCAAGAAACAAUGAGUAUGUCUUACGCAACAGAGGACAAAAAAGGAAUGUUCACCGAUCUUUUUUGGAUUAUAUUCAACUUGGGUGGAGUUGUUGGAGGAGGGAUUACCUUUUUCAUAAACACUGGUGGUGAGGACAUUACCAGUAUGAAUGAAGCCACAUAUUUCAUGUUCUGUGGUAUCAUGGUUUUCGGCGCUGUGGUUGCUCUCCUUUUAACGGUACAUCCCUCAAGAGUGAUCAAAGCCGAUGGCCACAUUGUAACUUUCGACAAGGCUGCCUCACCCGCCGCUGAACUGAAGUCUGUGUUUAGGCUAUUUCAAAACAAGUAUAUGCUUUUACUCACCCCGCUCAUUAUCCAAUCCAAUUGGUUCUACACCUACGAAUUCGGUGCUAUCAACGGCAAUCUAUUUGACCCGGAGACACGGGGAUUGAAUAGUGCAGUCUACUGGGUCAUGCAGAUGGUUGGUGCGUAUGCCAUCGGCACGGUGUUCCUAGACAACAGGUUCAUGGGUCGUCGCCAGCGUGCCAUAUACGGGCUUAUCAUCAUCUCUACUUUUAACAUAGCCCAAUGGGCGUAUGCAGCGUGGUUUCAGUUUACCUAA